UCUUCUCCUAUCUCUCCUUUUCAUAAUUUUUGGGUUUUGUUAUCUUCUUCUUCUGGAUAUUAUUACAUUUGGGGCUCAAGGACAAUCUCAGGAAUCUAUUGUGUGUGUUACCCUUGCUUCUCCAUCUCCCUCUCUCUCUCUCCUCCACACACAGAAUGGCUGCUUUCACGUGUGCUUCCCGUCCGCCGAUUUCUCUCCGGUCAGAGAUGAGAAUCGCUUCCUCGCCGAUGGCUUCCUUCUCUACUCGACAGAUGUUCUCCGUGUUACCUGAAUCGGGAGGAUUGAGGACUCGCGUCUCUCUAUCUUCAGUCUCGAAGAAUUCUAGGGUUUCUCGAUUACGACGAGGUGUUGUCUGCGAAGCUCAGGACACUGCUACAGGGAUUCCAGUGGUCAACGAUUCAACAUGGGACUCUCUAGUUCUCAAGGCUGAUGAGCCUGUGUUCGUGGACUUUUGGGCACCAUGGUGUGGACCCUGCAAAAUGAUUGAUCCCAUUGUCAACGAACUGGCAGGACAGUUCGCAGGGAAGAUGAAGUUCUACAAACUAAACACUGACGAGUCUCCUGCAACUCCAAGCCAGUAUGGUGUUAGAAGCAUCCCGACCAUCAUGAUCUUUAUCAAGGGUGAGAAGAAGGAUACCAUCAUCGGUGCAGUGUCCAAAACCACAUUAGCAACGAGCAUCAACAAAUUCGUGCAAUGAAGUAGUGGUCACUGUUAAAAAAGUCUCUGCUUUUCUCUGUAUUUCUGAAGUCUGAACUAUUUACCUGUCUACUCCCCCCACUCAUCACUGUUCAUCUAGACAUGUAUAAUAUAAUAUGAUGUCUCAGAUUUUCAGAAAUUGAGAUUACGAAGACAUUUUUUAUGUGAUAUAUACCGAUCUACUCGGGUUGGAGAGACAAGAUC